AUGACUUCUCGUAAAAAUAACAAAGAUCGCAAAGAUCAAGGAUGCCAUCUACUUCCAUCUUUCUUUACUGAUGCAUCAUUAUUGAAUGAUAUCCUAUCAAAGUCUUUCGGCAAGAAAGAAUCUGAAUCACCAACAUCAACUCCUAAAAAGAAAAAGGUGCCUGUUUUUGAUAAAGAUGCAGUAGAUGAAUAUCGACAUCAUGGCGCAAAUACUAAUAUGACCAAAUUCGCCAAGGCAGAACAAGAAUACAG